AAGAGCGUUUAAUGCCUGGUUUGCAUGACUGACAGAAAGAGGACCCACCUCUGGCCUGGCAAAGAAAAGAUUUUUGAUGGUGUGAGAAAAUGUCUAACUUGGCUAAAGGAGGUUAAAUUCCACUGAAGCCUUCCAAGUGGGUGCAGAUAGCUGUUAGCAUCAGAAAUGGUCUUGCUGGGCAGGGCAAUGUUCUGUAGGGAGCUGUCUUCAGUAGGCAAGAUUUCACUUUGGCUUGCAAAAAAUGCUGUUCACUGGGUUUUAAAGGUCCACAUGCCUGUGCUUUUUAGUGGAAAAUUCUCAGACCUUGAUAUGGCCUGUGAUGAUUUCUUUUUUUUUUUUGUCUGAGCUGGAUUCUACCAACAAUCUUCUUAAGGAACUGCAUUUUGAGAUUUAAACCUUACUCCUCUUUAAUUUCCCAGCGUCGUCUCUGCCUAAUGGGGCUGGCUGUCUACUUUGGGCUUUAGUAAUGCCUAUCCCCUUGCAACUCCUCCAUCAUACCACGCAAUUACACACCUCCGGGCCUUUGCUGUUACUUACUUCACCCAGAACUUGCUCCCUUCUUUCCUCCCUGCUUUUUCCUAGUCCAUUUUAUAACAUUAGACAAUUUAGGAGUUAUCUUCUCUAGGAACCCUUUUUGGAACCUCUUAUAGAGGACUAAGACCCUCACCUCUGCAUCUCGUAAGCCCUUCUAUAGUUACAAUUAUAAUCAAACCGAGUUCACACAGUAGGUGUUCACUAUCCACCUGUUAAAUAUUUCAGGUAUGUACACCUUUGCUUAUUUUGGAUGGGACCAAGGAGUUAGUUUUUAUGUGGUUUUUAAAAUAUUCAUUUAAAUCUGUGGAGUUAGAAACCCAAAAGGGCAAAUUUACUAUGAAGGGGAAGGCAUAUUAUAGUUACCAAUUAUUGGAGUCCUACCCUGUGCCAGGUACUUUAACACUUUACAUUAAUUCUAAUCUUUGCCUAAUUCUAAUUCCCACAAUAUUCUUUCGAGAUAGGUCUUAUUGCCUGUAUUUUACAAGUGAGGGUAAAAAUUAAAUGACUCACCCAAGGUCAUGCAUCUGAGAGAGGGACCCAACUAACUCAUCAUGCCCAGCUCUGUCCAAUCCAGAACCCUUUAACCCCACGAUAACAAGGGGCCAUUUCGAGAGAGACUAAUCCCACUGAAGCUGAUACUGUGACUUUUGAGUUACUUUUCUUUUCUGGUAAAUUACCCCUGGCAAAGAACGCGAAGAGGAAGUAUAAACGAAAGACCCUUUGAGAUUAUCCUGUCAGCUGAACAGCUACAUUUGCCCGUGUCCAGAUUUACAUGGGUUUUGUGAGGGCGUGAAAUGAAGAACGUGCGGCUUCCACGAGGCCAAAACACUAGGUUAAAAAGCUGAAUUCAGGGUACGCGUUUAUCGGAAUCUUUCAGCUUCAUUCUUUAUCGGCUUAAAGUGUUUUCGUCUACCCCUCAAUAAGGGGCGGGAAAGUGGGUGAGUGUGGCAGGGAAGGAUACGUGGAAGAGGAAGAUUCUCCAGCCAAGCGCAAAGCGGCCGGCCGACUCUGCCGCCUGGCGCAGUUGCCAGGACAGCGCGGCCCGAGCAGCAACGGCAGAAGCCGCACCGCGUCCCGGCGGCGACUGCGAGUCCCAGUGACGCAUUGCAGGUACAAACCAGCCAAUCAGAGGCCGGCUCAACGACCAUCGGGUCACGCAUCGCCGCCACGAUGCUCCUCCGCGCCGCAAAGUAGCGCCCCUCAGGGGCCGCUCCACCGGCCUUUUAACGGCUCGCUGGAAAUGAAACCCACUUACGUCAUCCGUUCGCCCACUUUCCUUGAUCUGUUGCCUCAUCGACCAAAUAACUAUGAAGAAAGGGGUCCCGAGAAGAGUUUGAGGGGAGGGGGUUGGCCGGGACUCGUUUGCGAUGUUCCGUUAUCUGGAUGCGGCGGAGGGAUCUGGCGGAGGGAGGUGUUUAUGAGGCGCUGGGGGCGGAGGAGGCGAAUUAGUCCGAGUGGAGAGAGCGAGCUGAGUGGUUGUGUGGUCGCGUCUCGGAAACCGGUAGCGCUUGCAGCAUGGCUGACCAACUGACUGAAGAGCAGAUUGCAGAAUUCAAAGAAGCUUUUUCACUAUUUGACAAAGAUGGUGAUGGAACUAUAACAACAAAGGAAUUGGGAACUGUAAUGAGGUCUCUUGGGCAGAAUCCCACAGAAGCAGAGUUACAGGACAUGAUUAAUGAAGUAGAUGCUGAUGGUAAUGGCACAAUUGACUUCCCUGAAUUUCUGACAAUGAUGGCAAGAAAAAUGAAAGACACGGACAGUGAAGAAGAAAUUAGAGAAGCAUUCCGUGUGUUUGAUAAGGAUGGCAAUGGCUAUAUUAGUGCUGCAGAACUUCGCCAUGUGAUGACAAACCUUGGAGAGAAGUUAACAGAUGAAGAAGUUGAUGAAAUGAUCAGGGAAGCAGAUAUUGAUGGUGAUGGUCAAGUAAACUAUGAAGAGUUUGUACAAAUGAUGACAGCAAAGUGAAGACCUUGUACAGAAUGUGUUAAAUUUCUUGUACAAAAUUGUUUAUUUGCCUUUUCUUUGUUUGUAACUUAUCUGUAAAAGGUUUCUCCCUACUGUCAAAAAAAUAUGCAUGUAUAGUAAUUAGGACUUCAUUCCUCCAUGUUUUCUUCCCUUAUCUUACUGUCAUUGUCCUAAAACCUUAUUUUAGAAAAUUGAUCAAGUAACAUGUUGCAUGUGGCUUACUCUGGAUAUAUCUAGCCCUUCUGCACAUCUAAACUUAGAUGGAGUUGGUCAAAUGAGGGAACAUCUGGGUUAUGCCUUUUUUAAAGUAGUUUUCUUUAGGAACUGUCAGCAUGUUGUUGUUGAAGUGUGGAGUUGUAACUCUGCGUGGACUAUGGACAGUCAACAAUAUGUACUUAAAAGUUGCACUAUUGCAAAACGGGUGUAUUAUCCAGGUACUCGUACACUAUUUUUUUGUACUGCUGGUCCUGUACCAGAAACAUUUUCUUUUAUUGUUACUUGCUUUUUAAACUUUGUUUAGCCACUUAAAAUCUGCUUAUGGCACAAUUUGCCUCAAAAUCCAUUCCAAGUUGUAUAUUUGUUUUCCAAUAAAAAAAUUACAAUUUACCCAA